CCCCACGCACAUCUGCUGUUGUUGUGGAACAGCUGAUUUCUGGGUGCGGGGGACCCUGCAUAGGGAGAUAAGCAGAUCGCUAUAAAAAAAUUACCUGUCCAAAAUUCUUUGAAGGACCUUGCAUUACUGACAAGACUUCAUUGAUAAUCUUUGCCAGACGGAAGAGCUCUAUCAUCAGGCCCUUAAACAGGCUGUUUGAUAAGAAAAAUGGAGGAGACUUCUCUUUCUCACCCUGUGCUCGAUGUUCACUUUCUGAAUGUGGCUCGAACCUAUAUCCCAAACACAAAACUGGAGUGCCGUUAUACUCUGCCCUUUGGCAUGAAAGGUUCAACUAGUGACUGGAUUGGCAUUUUUAAAGUAGGAGCUCCCUCUGUGCGUGAUUAUGACACAUUUGUUUGGACAGUGCCUCCUGAGAACUGUGGAGAAAGUUUGGCAUCUCAGUGCAGUGUGCAGUUUCAAGCAUAUUAUCUUCCACGGCCUGGGGAUCAGCAGUACCAUUUUCGUUACGUGGAUCGGCAUGGUACUGUGAGAGGACACAGUGAAGCCUUUGUUUUUAGUGAGCCGUUACCUAUGGAGGAUAUGGUUACUUUGGAAGAUGAAGAAGCUUCUCUGGACAUGCUUUUAGUUAUUCCCAAAGCCACUUUCCUACAGAAUCAGUUGGAACUGUCCCAACAGGAGAAAAAUGAUCUGAUGAGGGUUAGGCUUCAACUGGAGGAAGAUGUGAGCACUCUGCAAAAAGCAGUCAAACAUCUUGAGGCCACAUUGGAAUCUUCAGAUAAGAAACAUGCAACUCUCAGCCAGCAAUACCAGGAUCUAACAGUGAAAGAACAGUCUGUGAGAGAGGAAAAAGAUAUUCUGAGCAAGAAGAACACAGAGCACCAUGAGCAAACUCUUCAAUUAGAAGGGGACAUCCAAAGUAUGAGACAGACUAUUCUGGAAAAAGACAAAGAGCAUAACAUGUUGAAAAUCAGAAAUUCAUGUUUAGAGUCUGAGAGGGAUAAGAUUAAGCUACUACUUACAGAAUCAGCAUCAGAGAAGGAUCACUACCAGCUGCAGGUGGAUACAAUGCGUGAGAAGCUCCGCUGUACUCAGGAUAUACUUGCAUCAAGCCAGCAAAAGGUGAUGCUGCUUGGAGAGGAACUAGCAACAGUCUCCUCCAUACGGGAUCGCACAAUUUCUGACCUUCACAAAAGCCGCCUUGAAACUGCUGAUAUUUCUAUCAAAAUCUCUGACCUAAGCCUGAAGUUCAAGGAAGGGAUGGGCCAGUGGUGGCAAGAAAAAACUGCCCUGAACCACAGCAUGGAGGCAAAGAGGGAUCAGAUUGUUAAUUUGAGAGCAGAAAAACUAAGCUUGGAAAACAGCCUACAGGAUGAGAGGAGCCAGAGGCAAUUACUGCAGCGCAAGCUAAGCCAAGAACAGGAUGCCAGACAG